GUAACUGUGUACUGCUGCGAGAAGGCUCUAUAACUGGCAGGGUGUUUGUGAAAUAUGCGAUGUUUAUGUAGCCACGUUUUAUGUUCCAUUACUGUGCAGAGUUGCCAAGAUAUACCCUAACGAGGAUCCUUUCCAGCAUCUGUGUAACUUCUUCUGUUUUGGCAUAGCAAGGAUCCCGACUAAUGAAUUCCUCAUUUAAGAUUAUAAGUUCCAUUUGGGUAGGGCUCUCUUUACUUUGUCGGUAAACUGUUGAGUCGCUCUCAUGCUGUUUAUUCAAGACGACGUAUACAAGGAAUAUGUGAAAAUGAUGAUGAAUAUUGUCAUUUUGUGUAUGAUCCUCUGCAUAUCUUUGUCCUUCUGGAUAAUUUCCAUCACAGCAAGUACCUACUCUGGUUCAUUGCGACCAAUCUCUCCAUGGCGUUGGCUUGUGUCUGUGCUAACCCCAAUUAUUAUUGUAUGGCAUGGUAUAAAGAAGAGGAGCUUGGAUAACAGUGGUGCUCUUGGAGGGCUGCUGGUAGGAUUCAUCCUCACUAUAGCCAAUUAUAGCUUUUUCUCAGCCUUGCUGACUUUCUUCUUCAUUUCCUCUAAACUCACUAAAUGGAAAGGUGAAGUUAAGAAAUGCUAUGACUCAGAAUAUAAAGAAGGAGGACAAAGGAAUUGGGUUCAAGUGUUCUGCAAUGGUGGCCUUCCUGCUGAAUUAGCUCUGCUCUACAUGAUAGAAAAUGGACCUGGAGAAAUACCAAUAGAUUUUUCCAAAGAGUACACUGCAUCUUGGAUGUGUUUAUCCCUCCUGGGUGCUCUUGCAAGCUCUGCUGGAGAUACAUGGGCUUCUGAGAUAGGACCAGUACUUAGCAAAAGUUCCCCUAGAUUAAUAACAACCUGGGAAAAGGUACCAGUUGGAACCAAUGGAGGUGUUACUCCAGUAGGUCUUAUUUCAAGCCUUCUUGGUGGCACAAGUGUAGGUGUAGCAUAUUUUGUUACACAACUUAUUUUUGUACCUGAUUUGGAAAUCGCAGCCCCUCAGUGGCCCAUCGUCAUAUAUGGUGGAAUGGCUGGUUUACUUGGGUCUUUAAUAGACUCCUAUCUAGGAGCUAUAAUGCAAUAUUCAGGUUAUGAUGAAAGCACUGGUAAGAUUGUUAAUCACCCAACAAAAGAGGCAAAAUUCAUUUGUGGGAAGCCGAUAUUGGACAAUAAUGCAGUGAAUCUGUUCUCAUCAAUUCUAAUUGCUCUGCUGCUUCCAACUGCUGCUUGGAGUUUUUGGCCAAGACUUUGAAAAGUUGGGAAACUAUUAUUUUCUAAUUGUUGAAAAAUACAUAUUGUACAGCAGGCUUGCACUUAAUUAUUGAUGUUUUGUUUUAUUGUAGCAGUUAUUGUGUAGAGUUUUAAAGAUGUAAACAAAUACACUUUUAAAAUAUAGAUGGUUCGGUUAAAAUUAUUAAAUUUUUUCCCCCAAAAAAGAUUUUCUUUAACUUCACUUAAUGGAAUUUUGAUAUCUCCCUAAUUGCAGAGUGCUUGGAGAUUAUGAGUUUUAGCACUUUAUUUGUGUAUAAAGAACAAGAUAAGGAUUAUGAAUUAGGAGAAUUUUGGACCAUGAAGUAUACAUAGUUGAUAAUGCACUAAAAAUGAUGUAAUAGAGAUUUACUUAAAGACACAGUUAUAAAAAUUCAAAAAUUCUUUUACACCUUUUUUUUUUUUUGGUGCAUCUCACAUGUAAAUUGUCAGAAAUGUUUUUCCUAACUGAUUAUUUGUUGCUUAAAGGUUGUGUGAGUGUGAAAGGGGCUGAACAUAUUUCCUCACAUUGGGCUUAUUUUCCAUUGCUUGCCACAGUUUAAGUGAAAUUCUGCCACUCUAUUGCUUUUUAUGGGUUUUCUAAAGGAAUAUUGGUCAGUUGGUGAACUCCCCUUUUAAAAAUUACAAAUCAAAGGAGCAUUGCAGAGCCCUAGUGUCACUUUGUGGAAGGUUUAGAAAGACCUUAGUAGUAAAGCAACUUGAUAAUUCUUGACGCCUGAGAAUCCUUGACAAAGUGGAGUGAUGGAAACAUUUCUAGUUAAAGGGAAUGUUCACCUUUCGGCUGAAACACUUACUUUUGCAAAGUAUAUUGCCAGCUAACUGUACUAUGCACUUCUGUGUCAUAUAAACCAUUUUACAAGGUAAAUAAGCUUAGCAGCGAUCACUUUCAGAUGCUCGAUGCUCAUCGUAUAGUCUCAGUCAGUGGAAGAAGGGGAGGGGCUACAGUACUCCAGCAAAGUGAGUUACAUGGUUGCGUCAGAGCCCAUCCCCUGCUCUUUCUUCCUCCUGAUCGUUGCGCAACUGACAAAAUUAGAGCACUCUAGAGUAAACUACCGAUAUAUAAAAA